AUGCGUCAUGGCACGUCUCUCCUCACGGAGAAGGACUUGAAGUUCUUACGAGACCGCGAUGCAGACAACCAACAGGUUUUCGACGUGUGGAGCCAGCGCAAGCACUUGGAGCUGCAAUUGGAGCGAGAGGAGCAAGAGCGGAUGAAGGCCGAUUCACAGGCUCGCUUUGAGGCUCGUGAAAAUCAGAUUCAGGAGCAGAACCAAACCGCUGUGAAGCAGUGGACGCAGCGGAAGGUGAAGCAGCAAAAGGCGGAGGCGGAGGACAGUUACCUAAAGCAAAUCAAGCUCCGGGCGCUCGAGGCCUACCACCAGCGCUUGAAUGGCGCCUACGAGGCGAAAUGCAAGAAGCGUGAAGAGGCUUUUGCCGUGCGUUCGGGUGUUGCGCACAUCCCGCACACAUUUGACGCUUUCCGCGCGGAACGCGCUACCAAGGCGGCACAUCCGCGGCUGAGCAAGGAGAAGUCGGCAGCCAGCUACAGGUCGUUGCUGGAGGAGGCGGACCGGGAGGGCGACGAAGAGGCCGCCCUGAUUGCCAUGAUGGGUGGAACCCAUCCCCUGGUUGCGGUUGCCCGUCAGAAGAGUGGCGACAUGCCGUCUGCCGACGGUGGCGGCUACGCCACCAACAGCAACCUCUCGUUGGAGCCCAGUUUUGCCUCGGCUGCUGCGCGCCAAGGGAACAACGCCAGCGGCACGCUGCCACCGCUUGGCCGGCACCUGGUAUCGCCGGCAGUGUUGGCGCAGUACCUGCCGCCGCCGUCGCACAGGUCCAAGGCGUCGGAGAGCGGUGGACUUGGCGCGGAGCGCAGUGGUAUCGGGCUGCGGCGCAGCAGCGACGUGGCCGGCGACGACGACGGUUUCGGCGACGAGGGGUCGUCAAUUGAUACGGACGCGCCGCAGGCCGUUCUGCCGCCGAAUAUCACCAGCAUCUAUGCGCCGCGCGAGGUGAUUGGAGCCAUAGUGCAGGAGGAGCGUGACGCAGCACAGGAUGAGUUCCAGCAGCGGCUCAAGGCGGCGGCGGAGGACAGUCUACGGAAGGUGGAGGCGGCUUACAUGCCGAUACCCCCCAGCAGUGCUAUGACGGAGGAGGGUGCGUCGGGACAGAAGACGGCGGAUUCGGACGACACGGCCGCCAUGCUGCACGUGUCACCGGCGUUUUUCGCAGCCUACUGCACGAGCAGCGGCGAUGGUUCGGCGCCUCCGCCGCCGCCGCUGGUGCCGGUUGUAAUUGUCCGCGGCAGCGGAGGUGCCGGAAGCAGCAGCCGGCGCAGUAGCAGCCCGGCGGAAUCCACCGCGGGUGGCGACUUGCCUGACAGCGCCCGGCCAGAGCACGUCCAGCAGCAACCGGAGGACGUCGAGCCGCCGUACAGCGAAGAUUUUGGCGGCGGCAGCGGGGAUGAGUUUCCGCAGGGCAGUGCAGCUUACAGCCGCAGUGCCAGCGGCGGCAGUCUGGGCCCGCUGCCGGUGACUGCACAGGCGCCGUCGGCGGCUUCCUUAGGUCGCCACGAGUCUAGGAGCAGCAGCCGUGCGUCCUCAUCCUCAAGACAAGCGCCUGCGUCCGCGGCAGGCCAAAAGAGGCGUAGUAGCUCCAAAGCUAGCCGGGCAACGCAGGACUCCGUUGUGACAGGUGCCGUUGCCACCGACAACGGGCCGAGCGGGCAGAUCGCGUCCUUGCGUGGUUCUUCGCCGCCUGCGAGCGGUGUCGCCGCGGAUGCUGGUCCCAGUCGACCGGAGUCAGGCGCUAGUCAUGGGGCCGCGUCAAGGCGGGGGCCCGUGGCGUCGUCCCUUUCCGGAGGAGGCCGGAGUGCGAGCUUGCGGGAGUCGGAAGUGGACAGGAGGACGGCAUCGAGGACCUCCACGCCGGCUGCUGUUGCAGAUGCGCCGAGUGCGAGCACCAGCCGGCGGGCAUCGGAGCUGAGUGAUGCUGCGGCCGCGGUGACCACGCCGCGUCUAGGGAGCGGUAUCUCGGCUGCCUCCAUGCCAGGUUCGAAUUCCGCGGGUGGCAAUGCUUCAGCCACCGCCACGACGUCCGGAGCCGUGGCGGAUCGGACGGGACGGAAAUCCGACAGCAUGGUCGGUGUAGAGCCUUCGUUGGGGCUUUUACCUGUGGCGCCAGUAGGGGCCGCACGUGUGGAGCCCCAGGCGGCUGCAAGAGCCAAAGAGGAAGAGGAGUCCGGGGAUGAGGAGUCAUCGGAAGAGGAGGAGUCCGAGAUGGAGGAAGAGUCAGAGGUGGAGGAGGAGGAAGAGUCAGCUGAGGAGGACGACGAGGAGCAGGGCAGUGGUAAAGUAGAGCCACGAGAACAGUCAGAGGAGGAGGAGGAGGAAGAAGACAGUGUUGGCGUGCGGAACACAGGAGACGGCAGUCUUGUGGAGGGACAAACGGAAGAGGAGGAGGAGGAGGAGGAAGAAGAUGAAGAAGAGGAGGAGGAAGAUGAAGAAGAGGAAGAGGAAGAGGAGGAAGAGGACGACGACGCUGCAGCUGCAGCUGCACAGGGUGCUUUGAAGGGCCGCCAUUCAUAA